UGGCAGGGAGUGUGAGCAGGGCAGAGGAGGGAGAGGUAGCGGUGAUGUUCUCAGGGGGGUUGGACUCCAUGCUGCUGGCGGCCCUGGCCCACCGCCACGUGCCCAUCUACCGGCCCAUGGAGCUCCUGAAUGUGAGCUUUGCCGGGGCAGCAGCACCGGACAGGCAGACAGCGAGGAUGGGAGUGAGGGAGCUGGUGCGAGCAUGCGAGGGGAGGAGGUGGCAUCUGGUGGAGGUGGACUCGACCCUCUCAGAGGUGGACCAGGUCAAGACGCACCUGCUCUCCCUGCUCUGCCCCUCCCACACGCACAUGGACCUCAACAUUGGUGCGGCACUGUGGCUGGCAGCUAG